UAUUCGAAGUCAACAAUUCAUUUCUAUUGAGAAAUAAUUAAUAAUUUAUUAAAUAUUAAAGUAAACAUUAAUUUAAAAUAUCGGCUAAAAUGUCUAAAAGGCUGCCAUUCUUGAGAUCUUGUCUUGAGGAAUGUGAUCCACCCAUUAAAACAGAGGUUAAAGGUGUGAUCCCAGUGUGGCUGAAGGGCACUCUUUUACGCAAUGGUCCCGGUCUUCAAGAAGUGGGAACCGAUAAAUACAAUCAUAUGUUCGACGGCUUAGCGCUUAUGCAUAGGUUUCAUAUAAACAAUGGUGAAGUUUCAUAUCAAAACAAAUUCCUCCGGAGUGACGCUUAUCUCAGGAAUCUGAAGGCCCAGAGGAUAGUGGUGUCUGAGUUUGGCACCACUGCAUACCCUGACCCGUGCCAAACCAUUUGGCGCCGAUUCAUGUCUCACUUCUGGACCAGUCCUGAAAUGACAGACAAUGAUAGCGUGAAUAUAUAUCCAGUGGGCGACCAGUUAUAUGCGGCCACAGAAACCAAAUUUAUUCGACGCAUUGAUGGCAACACUUUGGCCACUCAUGAGAAGGUGGAUCUGUCCAAAUACUUGACCGUUAAUACGGCGACAGCGCACCCGCACGUCCACACCGACGGCUCCGUCUAUAAUAUGGGCUCAAGUUUUGGCCCAAAAGGAAAGUAUCAUUUGAUAAGAAUUCCCAACGAAGACAACGCUUUUGAGAACUCAUCGAUUGUUUGCUCGAUUCCGAUGGACAGACCCUUUCAUCCCUCCUAUUACCACAGUUUCUCCAUUUCCAGUAAUUACUACAUAUUCAUUGAGCAGCCGUUAGUGUUAUCGGUGCCCACUAUUGCUAUGACUCCCAUAACCGGAAAACCGUUUGCCGAGUGCCUCGUUUGGAAGCCUGAACUCAUGACCAGAUUUCAUAUAAUUGAGAGAACAAGUGGCAAAUUAAUUAAUACUAAAUAUAUGGCCCAAUCCUUUGCUUUCUUCCACACUAUCAAUGCCUUCGAAGACAAUAACCAAUUGGUUGUUGAUAUUUGUUGCUAUCCGGACGGACAGAUCAUAUCUACAUUAAAUAUACAGAAUAUGACAGAUAUGUACGAAAAUCAUAAAAAGUUUGACACCAAGAGUGAAGUGAGACGUUUUGUACUCCCAUUAGUGCAUCAAAUGACAGAUGUGAAAGCCGAUACAAAUCUCGUAAACUUGGAGUACACUAAAGCCAGUGCUUCUCUAAAGGCUGACAAGUCUGUACAGUUAAACUACGAACCUCUAACUCCUUCGGGUCCUUGGAUGGGUGAAUUACCACGAAUUAACUAUAAAUUCAAUGGACAUAAGUAUCGAUAUUUUUAUUCUUUAAUGCAAACUGAAGACUACAAAACUAAAUUACUUAAAUUUGAUACAAAAACUAAAGAAUCUGUGGUUUGGUCUGAAGACAAUACCUUUCCAUCUGAACCGGUUUUUAUCGAGAAUCCGGACAUUAAUUAUUCGGAUGAAAAUAAUGAAGAUGAAGGUGUGAUCCUGUCAUCAGUUCUGUCAGAGUCUGACGAAACGAAAGGAUUCUUAUUGAUAUUAAAUGCGAAAACUAUGCAAGAAUUGGGUCGGGCACAAUUAGUCAUUAAACGCAAUGGAAAGAUAAGUCUUAACAAUUAA